AUGAAAUGUAAUUGGAAAACGUAUUAUUAUCUUCAAACUAACUCUCUCGGUUACAAUUCUCUAAAAGUAACCUUUUUUUUAUUAAAUCAUCAUUAACAUUCAAAGAAUAAUCAUUUUAAUGAUAAAAUCCAUUAUAUUAUUCAUAAUAGCUUUCUUGAGGAGCCAUUACUUAAUAAAGUCUUUGUUUUAUUUCUUUUUAACGCUAGUGUCUUUCCUUUAAUGUAUCUUAAGAAUAUCGAGUUGCAGGCUAGUUUUUGUUGUAGUAAUUUACAGAGUUAUAUAAGUGUUAUACUAUAGACGGCAGCUUCACAGGAGAAUUGCUUGAAUAUUCUAAAGUUUUUUAUCGUUAAUAGCUAUUAUUAAAGUCGCUAUUGUGGUUUCGGGCAUCCAUUGAUUAAUUUAAUUUCUAAAUGCUGUGAUCUUUAUAAUAACUAUUCCUCUCUUGUUCAAUAUUAUUAACUUUUUCUGCAUCUAAAACAUUUUAAAGACUUUCAUUAUUUUAAUUUGCAUAAGGCAUAAAUUUUCUUUUUCUAAUAGAUCCUGAAUAAGUUUCUUUUUCAUUUUUAAUCUCUGGGCUUUGAUUAAAAAUUUGAUUUUUUUGUUAAAGGUCGCUUUAAUCUGUUGGACUCAUAUUAUUAAUUUAAUCAUAUCGCCUAUCUUCUGAUAUAUAACCAGCUUUUUAUUGAGGAAAAUAUCCUAAUUAUGAUACUCGUUCAACGUGCCUUUAGCUAAAAUUCUAUGGUUCUUUUUUAUUCUCGAAUUGAGAUUAAUAUUAUUGUUAAUGAGUGUACUCCAUUUAAGAUUAUAACUUUAAUUAGGUAUAUAUAUUUUUUCCCUAACUAAUAGAUAAUUUAUAUGGAUAAUAUUUUUUAAGAUAAGAUAUAAAAUUUAUCACUAAAAUUUUGUAUUUUGUGGAAUGAAUAAAAAAUAUACUUUAAAAUUCAUUCAAAUUAUAAUUGA